AUGGCCUCACAGUGGCCGCCUAUUCCGCCGAACUCGUUGGUCUUGGUGACUGGUGCGAACGGGUGGCUCGGCUCUCAUGUCACCGACCAACUCCUUGCGCUAGGAUACAGAGUGCGAGGGACAGUCCGGGACGAGAACAAAUCGACAUGGACGACCGAACUUUUCAGGAAGAAAUAUGGCCCUCAUCGGUACCAUGCAACCAUAGUCGAAGACAUGGCCCCAAAAGGCGCCUUCGACACAGCCGUACAGGGCUGCUCUGGUAUAGUCCACUGCGCUUCAGUCACAAACGGCUCUCCGGAUCCCACAGUCGUUAUAAUCCCCACGAUUGCAGGAGCCCUGAACAUUCUCGAAUCAGCAAGGCGCGAACCGUCCGUCAAAAGAUUUAUAUACACGAGCGCCACAGCGGCAGCCGUCAACAGUGGUCCUGGCGUCCGAGGAGAUGUGAAUAGUGACAGCUGGAAUAUGAGCUCCUUCUUCAGUGCCUGGAAACAUCCACCUUACACACAGGAGCGAGCAUGGGAAGUGUAUGCUUCGAGUAAACUACAGACUGAGCAGGCAGUUUGGAGGUGGUAUAGUGAGACGAGGCCUGAUUUUGUUGUGAACACUGUCCUCCCUUCGACGCUUUGGGGCAAAAUGCUCGUGUGUCCUCAGUGCCAGGGAUAUCCCACUUCUAUUGGAUGGUUGAAGCAGAUUUGGGAGGGGAAUGCUGCUGAUGUUGCAGCUUGGGUCCCACCUCAAUACUGCAUCGAUGUACAAGAUGCAGCUCUCCUUCACGUUGCUGCUUUGACAUUACCCGACGUCAUGGACCAAAGAAUCUUUGCUGCUUACACCCCUUGGAACGUCAACACGCUCUUGGAUUUGUUGAGGAUGCUUUAUCCCAAGAAGAAAAUCGAGAAGGGAGACUUGGGGGAUCAUGGAAUUGACAUGACGUUCUUUCGCGAGAUGGGGGUUGCUGAAAGGCUUUUGAAACGUAUGGGCAAAGAGGAAGGAUUCCGCGAUCUUGAGAGCAGUUUGGCAAGGUGUAUUUCCAGUUGGUCAUGAAGCGGUGGCAGAGUUGGGAUGUUGUACAAGGCGUAUGGACGCGAAGAUGGGCCGCGUUCGAGCGAUGAGAGCGGAGAGUGGCAAUACCCAGUGGUAGGAUGUAUGAAUUUGAUGUAUUUGUUCAUAGCUGUAAAGUAGUAAACGUCUGACCAAGAACGAUCGAUCACAACGAGUUCAGCAAAUGCCCCCAUACCUCCAGACUGUUGUUCGUUUGCUUUAUGCCAACCUCUCGCAAAGCAUACCAAGCACUUACAGCAAUACUAUCGAGAACCCGAAUUUCAUUACCUGCUUGCUCCUGCUCCAGCUCCAGAUCUGCCGCAUACGCGGUUCCAGGAUAAUUCGUGCAAGCAAUCAAGACAGCCUUCGUCUUGUCUGGGACAAGGGACUUCCUCACUACUGCUUUGAUAUCCUUCUCAGAACAUCUCGCAAUCUCCAAAUUAUUCCUUGGGGUCGGUUUCUGCGCCACAGCAGCAUGUACAUGGAAGCCUCCCUUUUCGAAGAACGCCUGCACCUUACUAGUAACUUCAUCCGUGUAUGGCACCGCAAUACUGACGUCCCUAAUGCCCAAAACUUCAAGAGCCUCGAUUGUUGCAAUCGUAUUUGUACUACAGGGUACACCAACAGCUUUCGUCAUAUCCUCUGCCAGUCGUCUGUCGUCGGCCAGAGUUCCGCCGGUAAACAUGCCGGAGGUUCCAUUCCAGAUGAUGUGGUCGGCUCCCGCAUCAGCCAGGAGUUGUGCUGCUGUGAUGAGCUUCUCUGAUGUGAAUUGAGAAGUCGUUUCUGCGUCUGCGGACAAUGUGAGGACUUGGAGACGGGUGAAGAGAGGGAUUAUGUUGGCUUGAAGGGAUUGCA